AUGCUUUCUACACCAGGCCAGGAGUCAGUAUUUCAGCGCCGUUGGCCGGCGGUAAACGAUGUCGUGCGGCGUUUCCUUAAUAUGGAACCCGUUCCCCCUGCCGAAUGGGUUAAGCUAUUUGAGGACGUUUAUUCCAUAAUUUCUUGGGAAGAGUCGGCUCGUGACGAAAUGCUCAAGUCCUUGACAGAAUCUAUCAAAAGCGCAAUCACGCGAUCACAGCAGCGUGUUAUGCAGAGCCAAGAUGAGUCGUCUUUGUUGAAGGCAUACAUUCGCGAGUGGUCUGUGUUCUCGAAAAAUAGCGACAACCUUCCUAAUCCGUUCGCUCCACUCGAGAAUUGUCUUGGCGGUAAACACAAUCUGAGCGGUCCAAGCAAAAAAAAAUUAAAGUACAGCAUUGUGCGCAAGUGCAUGUUGGAUACUUGGGAUGUGACAAUUUUUGAGGGUAUCAAGCAGAAACUUGAAGAUAGCGCAAUGAAGUUGGUGCAGGAUGAACGCGAAGGCGCAAUAAUCAAUUCGGCUUUAGUUAUCGGCGUAAGAGAAUCCUGUGUAAAUUUGUCCACUACGUCAACCACAAAAGCCUGGAGCUACGUCGAGCACUUUGAGGCUGCCUACGUGAAGAGCAUGGAAAAUUUUUAUCGACCGCGUACCAGCCAGUUCAUCUCUCAACACGGAAUUCGCAAAUACCUGGGAUACGCAGAAGAGAAGUUAGCGGAGGAGGAAGCGCGCGCCAAGCUGUACCUCGACAGCGGUCCCAACUUCAAGUCAAUCGAGACCCUCAUGGACGCGUGUGUGCAGGUUUUUGUCGUCCACUUUCUGGAUGAUAUCUUGGCGGAGUUCCCGAAACUCCUGGCUGAAGACGAUAGGCUUCAACUGCGCCAGACCUACGAGCUUAUCAGGCGAGUGAAGGAGGCCAAAGACGCUAACCCGCUGUUGCCGUAUCUUGAGGAAUUCAUCUGGCACGCGGGCAGCAGCGAGCUGCGCGACAACGCGGAGGUCAUAUUUAAGGACGCCGAUCGCUACGUGAGCACACUGAUGGACCUCUUCAAUCGAUUCUCCUCCAUAAUCGAGGAGUCCUUCCACAACGACCCCUCCUUCCUCACCAUACGCGACAAGGCCUACCAACGGCUGGUCAACGAUACGUCCUUUUUCUCCGUCAAAAUGCCCGAUUCCGUCCGAGGAGCGGUGAAGCGACUGGAGUCCCGGUGCCCCAACCUGCUGGCCGCAUUUUGCGACAUGUUGCUGCGUAAGUCGCCCACCAGCCGCCGCCUCUCGUCUGACGAGAUAAUGACGCGUCUGAAGAAGAUCCUGCUCGUCCUGAAGUACGUCAACUCCAAGGACUUGUUUAUGGAGGCCCACAAGGCCCACCUGAUGCGUCGCCUCAUCCUCGAGACGUCCGCGGACAGCGAGUUGGAGGAGCUUAUGGUGGAGAAGUUGAGGGAGGUGGGAAUGCCGGCGGAGUUGGUGAAUCGCCUGGUGCGCAUGUUCCAGGACAUCAAGGUGUCCCACGACCUCACCCACGAAUUCCACGAGAAGACCAAGAACAACAACCUCGCUGCGGGCGCCGACUCCUUGUCUGGCUUCCUCUCCUCCGAGAUGAUCAGCAUCAAGAUCCUCAGCAGUGGCACGUGGCUUCCCAGGACCCUUCCAAAGGUCUCGAUGGCACUGCCUCCUGAGCUGGAAGACUUCAUCCCACAGAUUGAGGACUUCUACAAGCAGAAGCAUCAAGGUCGUCAGUUGAUUUGGCAGCACCACCUGUCGCACGGACUCGUUAUUUACUCUCCGCCCCAACCAACCAAUCACAUGGAAGCAAACGGGCAGCCUCCUCACGUGGAAUUGGAGAUGACAACCUUGCAGAUUGUCGUUCUCUACGCCUGGCGACACCGCGAUUUCGACCAGCGUCUUCGACUUGAUAGUCUACUCACGGCCACCGGUUUGUCGGAUUUGGAGCUGCGAAAAACGUUGUGGUCGCUGUCAGAACGUCCAAAGAUGGAACAGCAGAUUAUUCUCUAUUCCCCGGAAGUCGCCUCGGAAAAGGACUUCACAAACGAGACGGAAUUUUGGAUUAAUCCUUCAUUUGGUGUGUGCCGAUCUGGUCGGCCGCCAAAUCGUCGUCGCGUGAACAUGAUUGGUCGGCUUCAAUUAACGCAGACGGGCUGUGAAGAGGAGAGUCUGGCGAUAGUGCAACUGCGCCAGCUGCGUGUCCAGGAAGCCGUUGUCAGGGUGAUGAAAAUCAGGAAACGGCUCCCAUUCAUAGAGGUCUACCAGCAGGUGAUUUGCCUGCUGAAAGACCAAUUCAUUCCCUCCAAGAAGAUGCUAAAAGAGGUCCUCGAGUGGCUCAUUGAACGCCGUUAUAUCGAACGCGACAGCCAACAGAUCGAUACCUUUGUUUACGUUUCCUAA